AUGAUACUGCCGCAGCUUGCCUGUUCCAGUGCCACCGAGCUCGUGCUGCAGUUGCUGCAGGCUGCGAUGCCGUGCCUGAGCAUGCGGUGCUUCUUGCAGAUCCUCGCUGCUGCACUCCCCCUGGUGCUUGCAGUGACCCCAUGCCGUGGAGACGACUGUGCGGCCGACUCUGAUGUGGAGAUGCUGGUUCAAACACAGGUUCACAAAGAUGCUUCGGGAGGAGGUGGAAGUUCGGCCACGGAGAAGCAAGCUGCAAGCAUCGGACACUCGAAGAUGGUUUCAGUCCAGCGGGAUGUCUCCGUUCAGAAUCGUACCAGACGGGGCAACUGUGACGGGGUCAUCGAAGGAAUGGGUCGUGGGAUCAACAUUGGAAAACGUUUACGAGUUCGACCAGGGCGAUACGAAUCCGGAAGUCGUCAAAGAGCAGGUCAAGUGGGCCCACGACACAGGAUUCAAGCAUAUCCGCCUGCCGUGAAAUGGGACGGCCAUUUCGAUGCCAACUCCGAACACACGAAGAGGGUCACCGAAGUUGUGGACUACGCCUUGGGGCUGGGCCUUUAUGUGGUCGUUAACUCCCAUCACGAGAAAUGGCUUGUGGAGCAUUAUGAUGCUGCCAGGCAGGACCCCAAAGACAAAUCGUGGAACAUGUGGACUGGUAUCGCAGGUCAUUUUGCGCACAGGUCCAACAAACUUGUCUUUGAGAUCCUGAAUGAGCCUCACAUGAAUUUUGGAGGCUGGAACGAGCCUAUACAUCCAUCGGAAGGAUACGCGAUCGACCGCACCCGCGAAAUAAACGGCAUGGGAGUUGACGCUGUGCGCCGCGUGCCAGGUCACGAAGACCGAAUGAUUUUCGUGCAUCCGAAUGCCAUGUCGAGCAUAGCCACUGCCAGGGCAGUUUACCCCGAUAGGUGGUCUCUUCCCGGAGGUGGCAACGAUGCCUGUGUGGGCAUCACCGUGCACACAUAUGAUCCCUACGACUUCUGCAGCGAAAACGGCAAUCCUCACUACUACGGAUCGAUCGGCGCCAUGAAAAAAGGCUUGCUCAAUAUCUUCAGAGACUUUCGUGAUUAUGUCUUCGACACGGGUAUUCCCAUUUACGUCGGAGAGUAUGGCGUGGGCCGGCAGCCGGAGCGUCAGUCGGAGAGGGACAACGACCUGGUCCGCGAAUACUACAGGUUCGUGACUGGCCACUUCCGAGAGGCUGGCUUCGCCACAGCCGCCUGGAACGACCCUGGAUGGUUCGCCAUCUACACGAAGCAGGAGUAUGGAUUGCACACGGCGUGCGUGUCACCUUAUGUUUAG